AUGAGAGGAGUAGGACGUGGAAGAACUCGAGGAACAAGGAAAAACCCUCUUUCUGAAAUGGAAGAAAGAGAUAGUGGAGGAACAGCAGAACCAGAUCCAGCACCUGAAGGAGUCAUGUCUGGUGAAGAUGUCUUUGAACCAGUGGUGCGGCCUAAACAGACCACAGUUGGUACUAUUAAACAGUUGCGCAGUAACAUGCCAAAGCUGCAAAGUGAUGUAUAUACUGAACUUGAUGAGACGAUUGUACAGACUGAAGUUUCUACAGAAGCAGUUUUCCCAAAGCGAGAGAGCAGAACACUAUCUCAGCUAUUAGCAACAGAGCAAGCCCAAGGAGCCUCUGGUUACCAAGCUGAACCUCGUUAUCCAUCUCAACCACUUCCUGCACAGCCUCAGCUGUGUGGUGCGCAUGAUGUUCCAGGACAAAGAGUGGAACCAACCCGUGGAGGUGAUCCUAGGAUACCUGACUUCAAGGAAGGUGAGGAUCCUGAAAGUUUCUUCAUACGUUUUGAACGCAUAGCUAAAACAUGGGGAUGGCAACCAACUGAAUGGGCUGCUAGAGUGGUCACAUUAUUGACUGGAAAAGCACUGGAGGCCUAUGCUGGUAUGGAUGAAGACCAGUCAGACUCUUAUGAAUCUAUUAAAGCUGCUGUGCUAUCUAAGUUUAAUGUGACAGAAGAGACUUACAGAUACCGGUUUCGAAGCACCAAUGUACCUGUGGGAGAGAGUGUGCGUGAAACCUACAGUCGGAUAAAGGGACUCUACAAGCGAUGGAUGCGGCCUGACAGUCGGAGUAAAGAAGAGAUCGGGGAAACCAUCAUCUUGGAGCAAUAUCUACGUGUGCUUCAUCCAGACGUCCGCACAUGGGUGAAGGAGAACAAUCCAAAGACCGGAGAGGAAGCUGCAGAUCUGGCUGAACGUUACUUGGCUGCUCACAGAGAACCUUCAAAGUCAAGAGUAACUGUGGGGAGACCAAGGUUUGUGGAGGUAAAACCUCCAGAUGCAAUAAAGACUGACAACUUGGACAUGAGGGGUGGUAAGAAAUCGGAACAAUCCAGACUAAAGUAUAACCUCACUUGUUACUAUUGUCAGCAGCCUGGUCACAAAGCUUCUUUAUGUCCUUUAAGAAAACCUAAGUCAGUAGAGUUAUGUGUGGUACCCUCCAAAGAACAUAAUUAUGAACUUUCUGAUGGUUUGAUUCCACAUAAACAUGUGGUAGAUGUGAUGAUAAAUGGCAAAGCUGUAAAAGCUCUUGCAGAUACGGGUAGUUCACAAACUUUGGUGAAAUCUUCUUUCUUGAACAAUGUAAUGCCUAACUUUAACAAGCUGGUAAACAUUACUUGUGUUCAUGGAUGUCAGAAAGAGUAUCCAACUGCAGAUGUCACUAUUGAAGUUGAAAGCCAAGCUUUUAUGUUGACUGUUGGAGUUGUGAAUCAGUUAGCAUAUGAUGUUAUCCUAGGGGAAGAUUUACCAAUCCUAGACAGUUUGGUUCAAGAAAAUUCUGUGGCAUAUUCCUGUGCUGUCAUGACACGAUCUAUGAAAAAGGGCUUAGAACCUCUGCCAGAUGCAGAUGAUGAUUUGUAUGAAGGAGGAAUGGCAAAUUCCUAA